GAUAGAAUUAUCUGGGAAAACGUAGACGAUACAAAUAGAGUCACGUGUUUUGGAAAUAGAGCGACCAGUAUGAUAGGUUUAAUUAAUGCUAAUCCAAAUGACGACAGAAGAGGUCCACUCCGGGAUGAACUUACAAAUGCACCUAGAGCGCCUGACUCCUGGUUAAGGGUGUAUCCAGCGCCAAUCGAACCUGGCGAAUCGAUAUGCUCCAUCAUCUUCAGAUGUCUCUUGUGCCAAAUAGGCUUAACCUUCAUAUUGAUUUUGUGGACCAUGGCAUGGAUGAUCGUUAUCAAUCAUUUUGAAGGUCCUUACGAGAAGAAAGUAUCGUUAGAUUUUCAAAACCGACAGCACCAGUUAGUCAUUGAUUUAGCAACGCAGCUGCGACAGAUGACGCCAGUAUCACCAAAGUGGAGAAAAAUUAUAAAGGAACGCAUCGAAGAAGAGCGGCAGCUAACAAUAACGGCGGUCGGAAAUGGAGCAAGACUACGACCGGGGCGUUUCUGGGACCUAUCCGGAACGUUUCUUUUUACUGUAUAUGUUAUGACCGCUUUGGGUUUUGGAGCUCCCGUGCCACAAACUAUGGGUGGCCGAACUUCAACCUUGGUAUACGCAAUUAUUGCUGUGCCAACACAGAUUUACCUUAUGGUUAACGCAAGCACGUGUAUCGUGAUCCAUGUGGAGGACUGCAUCCAGCGUCUCAUGCAGAGUGUCGACGAGGUUGGCGUCUUCAAGUUCACAGAUGAACACGACAGAGACAUAUUUUAUAUUUCAGAGCACGCAGGCCGGGAAGCAGAGGAGAAUAGUAAAUGCAGACAGAAAUUUAGCACGGUGAUCAGUUUCAUGUGCAUGGGCCGGUGCAUGCCGUUGACAAUAUUCUCUUACUACGUGUUCGGACUGCUAAUCUUCGGUCUUACACGCAACAAGGCUGUCUCCGAAAUGGUCAUGUUCCCGCUUGAGUUCACUACAACGGGCGGUCUGGAAAAGGUGGAGAGCCACGUGAGAAUCCUUUACGGUUUAUACGUGGAAGGAGCGAUGAUGGUUCUGGCUUGCGCUUUGGACUCGGUGCGCAGGCAUAGCGGCUCAGCAGCCGCCAGUAUGUCGCUGAAAUACCGUUUGUUCGAAAGCGAACCCAGUCUGCCUAGCGUUAACGAAUGAACAUAAUUUUAAUUGCCGUUUAUUGGUAGUCAUACUAGGAUGUCAUAUUAAUAUGAACAAUAAGAAUUGUUUGUAUUGGUGGAUAUAUUUAGUCAGCAUUAACACCCUGUAUAGGCAAAUGUGCUUGACUUUGAAGUACAAUCUCGCUCAAAGUAUAAAACAAAGGUUAUAUUUAAUUUAUCAAAAAGAAUCCGAGGCAAAUCUCUUUAAUCUUUUUGCGUAAUUUGCUUGACACAAGUGCGAUUUUUCUUUUAUUAUGUGGCUACCUUGAAAGAGUGAGGUAUUCUUUGAAUUAAUGGUUUCUAUCACCUACUCAAUUACUUACAAAUUAUUGAAGAAUUUGUCAACUUACUCGUUGCAUAACGAAUCCUCUAUUCGCAUAAACUUUACAACAGUUCCUUAAAUCUCCACUAUUAUAAAUAUGACCAUCAAUGCAAACAGUUUUUAUUGGUCUUAUCAAUAUAACAUGCUGGAUUUGCCAAGGAUAGAUUUACCAAGCCUUGCGGCCCCAAUGUUGUAAUUAGCUAUUCACUCAAAUAUAGUGGUAGAUAUGUAGAUAUAAUUUCCUGUCCUAUAUUUGCAAUGAACUCUUUAAUUCUCUUGAAUUAAAAAUAUUUGUGAUAUACCGUUUAAUGUAUCAUUGGCUAAUACCCAAAAUAGAAUCCAACUUUGUUAUAUUGCGCGCGCUCGCACACAACUGUCUUCCACUGCCAGGGAAGCGGGCUCUGCGCGGACUUCGUUUGACUCGCAACGGUAAACACCGUGGAUGUGCUUUCACCGCAAACGAGUGAGCGGAGCGGACUCAGUGAGUUAACUCUUACUUUGCGGAAGUCGUGGAUCCGAAACGGACCUAUUUCCGGUUCUUAUGGGCGGCCAAAGCCCGGUUCCCACCGCGAAAUAGUAAUUAGAGAUGGGAAAAACUACUUAUUUUUUUAAACGUUUAAACGUUACGCUUUUUUUAAAAAAGCGUGCUUUUUUAAACGCUUUUUAGUGCAAAAUCGUUUAUAAAACGUUUAAGCUCAUAGACUUUUAUGUUAAAAAAGCUUGCAACGUUGUGUUGAUACCGAAACGCAAGAGUAGACCACUUAAAGUUAUAAGUCAGUUUUUCGUAAAAAAACGAGAUAUUUUUGUUUGUGA